GCCGCCGCACGUCACCGCCGCGGGGAAACCCCCGCCGCCGCCUCCUCCUCUUAGGCGCGCGCCGGCUCGCGCCGCCCUCAUUCGCGCGCCAGCCCGCGCCGCGCCGCGCCGUACCGUACAGCCCCGAGCCGCGCCGCACCGCGCCGCCGGCAUGAUGCCCGCCAGGACCGUGCGCAAGAGCGCGCCGCCCGCCACCCCGGCAGGUACGCAGGAAGCGGUGGCCGAGUGCGCCGUGCAGCUGCGCCGCAUCGGGGACAAGUGGAACCUGCGCCAGAAGAUCCUCAACCUUCUCGCGAAGCUGUUCUGCCCGGAGACGUGAGCGGCGGCGCGGGGAAGCUGGCGAGACCUGGCCUCGCGCCUUUGCAACGAGAGACUUCACUUACGCCGGGGAGAUGGAGCAAAUCCCGUUGCGUUUCGCUGCCUGCAGCCGCUGAAUGAAGGCCAUCAAAAUGUGAUUUCUUUGGACCAUGCUACAGCUAUCCCAGGGAUACACAGCUAUUUGGGAAUGCCGGGUGGAAACCGAGGUCAGGCCACGCGGAGCUCCUGACCCUGCGGUCGCCCGCGCUGCCGUCGGGGCCGCGGCACCUCCGGAGCAAGCCAAACCCGUCCGUCUCUUGGGUGACAGGAUCCCGUAACGCGGUGCGAAAGCCGGCUGCCUCGUUUCCAACUGUUCUUCUUUCCUAAAGCAUCGAUUCUGCUGGACAGGGAUCUGGUGUUGGGAUUAUCUCACUCAUUAAAUUAAAACUUUUUUUUUACUGAAAGGUUAUUUGUUAUAGGAUGUUGCUUCACUGACUAAUAAUUAUGAUUCUGUGAAUUAACAAGAUGUUGCAUAAUUCUAGUCUAUAUUAUAUUUUAUAUAUAUGUGUGUAUAUAUAUUUACAUAUAUUAUAUAUAUAUAUAUAUAUAUAUAUAUAUGCACCCCACUUGCAUGAGAUAAGUAUUUCAUGGAACUAUUAAUCGGCUGUUAUAUGUUUAGCCUCAAAAAGUAGUAUGAAGAACUGUUCAAAUCAUGACAAAAAUACAUCCUAUUAACUAAAAGAAAGUGUAAUGCUUUCUGAUAAUAAAGGAAAUACUUAGUGCAUCACUGAGUGAAGCAUACUUUAGUAUAUCAUUAAAUAUGAAAAGGGAUA